AUGCCGCGCCAAACGCGCGCCGCCCUGCGCGCGCAGCAGGACAUUCACGUCGACGAGACGCUGUUCCACGAAGCGCAAUCCACUCCCCUACCAGCAACCCCCAACGUGGUCCGCUCGCCGCUAAGCGACAUCGCGCCGAACUCGGUCGAAGAGUCCACGGCCGUCGCGCAACUAGCCGAAGACAUGGUUGCUACCGGGAAGAAGACCAAGGCGCCCAGCACCAAGAAAGGCAAGAGCGUAAAGAAGGGCGCGAAGAAACAGGCUACUGCCUUCGAGGACGUACUCGAGGAUGAGACGCGACCAGAAGUCCUGGAGGACGAGCGCCUGGCUGCUGCGAGUCCGGCUUCUGAUGCUGCGCGCGAGGAGCUGAUGAGUGAUGUUGUAGACAUCGUUGCGCAGGUGCCCAUGCGCGAUCGCUCUGUUUCGCCGCCUGCGCCGGCUGUGCGCGUGACGAGGCGACAGCUUGCGAAGGCUGAAGAGGAGAGGGAGAAGUCAAGGGACCGGGAGACUGUGCUGGCGCAGGCUGGACCAGGACUGUAUGGUGAAGUGAAAGGGGAAAAUGGGCGGGAAGUGAACGGCGAAAUGAAAAUUGAUGAAACGGAAGAGUAUGAUGCAAGCACAUCCGCACCUACCUCCACACCGGCGACAUCGCAACCACCAGCAACUGGCAGGGAGGAUCGGUCUCCGGCAGAGACGUCUAUCGCAGAAGCGCCCAAGCCGGAAGAUCAACCAACUACUUUGAGAUCCCCAGCCAAGUCAGCGCGGAAAUCGCCCACCAAACCCGCAGCGGCACCAACCACGUGUCCUACAAAUUCCAUCGCGGCCAUAGACGCGCUUGAAGAGGCCCUUGAGGAAGUCGACAAGGCUCUUCCAACCGUAGUCGCAGUAUCGCCAUCAAAACUCCGUCGCGCCGCGUCCACAACCAAACUCACCGCAAAGACGCGUGCAUCCGUCGCGCCUAGAUCAUCGGCCAGCCGCCCAUCCACAGUGCGUAAGCCCUCGAUGCCAACUCCAGCGGACGCCACACCCGCCCCAGCGAGCAAGACUCGGGCCGUCGCGCGAAAAUCCAGCGUCCUCAGCCGCCCCAGCAUGCGCGUCUCCUCUCGCGACUCAAGCGCCAAACCGCCGCCCACCGACCCAACCACCAGGCCCAAAACCGAACCAACCGACUACCUCGCCCAACGCCGCGCCGCCCGCCCCGUCAGCAUCUCCUUCCCCACACCCCCCAAGCCCGCGAGGUCAAGCAAGCCCCCGACGCGCUCAACCUUCCAGCUCCCCGGCGAAGCCGUGGCCGCGAAAUUGAAAGCGCAGAAAGAGGAGCGGCUGAAGCGAGAAGCCGAGGGAGGCGAAUCCGAUGUCGUCGAGAAGAAAGAGUUCGUCCCGCCCGUCGUGGCGCGGAGUAAGAAGGCGCCGACUGUGCCGGCGUUUUCGUUGCCGGGGGAGGCGGUGGCGGCGAAGUUGAAGGCGCAGAGGGAGGAAAGGAUGAAGCGCGAGGAGGACGAGGCGGAGAAGGAGCAGAAGAGGGAGUUUAAGGCACGUCCGGUGCCAAGGAAGAGUAGUGCGCCGGUUGUGAAGAUGACGGCGGCGAGCAGGGCGAGGGAGAGCUUGAUGCAUGCUGCUGGCAGCGAGGGGGCGGAGAAGAACGCGGAGGCGAGUGGGGUGGAUAUCAAGCCGCUGAAGAGGACGAGCAGCGUGCAGCUGUCGCAUGAAAAGCGGGUCGCUACGCGUGUGAGCAAGCGGCCGUCCACAGCGCCGCUCAACCCGCCCUCGACGAUCAGCGAGAAGCCAAAGCCGACUCAUUCCGCCAAGCGCACUCUAUCCACCACGACGAACGGCACCAGCACCUCGAAGCCGCGGGUCUCCUCGAUAACAGCUCAUGCCGCUUCCGCCGCGAAACCAGCUGUCACGGUCGCGGCCGCAGCGACGCAGAAGCUGAAGGGCAAGGAGGUUUUCAACCGCGACAAGCUUGAGAAGCAGGAGCGCGAGCGCGUCAGGCGCGAGAAGGAAGACGCUGCUAAGCAGGCGCGAGCGGCGGCCGCAGAGCGGGGGCGCCAGGCGAGCAGGGAGUGGGCGGAGAAGCAGAAGAUGAGGAAGACGGCUGCUGCUACUGUGGUGGCCAAGGUGGAGGAGGGGAUGGUGUCGGCGUGA